AUAAUAACGAAUUAGUACAACAAAUACACAAAAUCAUGUAAAAAGUAAUUAUUAAUUUGAUAAGAACAUUAUUAAUUGGAUCCAUUUGGAGGGAAUCUUCUGACUUUUUCGUCGUUUCACACUCACCCAAUCAGGGCCAAGUUGCUAGCUGACUUGCACAAACCAUAAUCAUUCACAUUCUCUGUAAUCUCUUUGCUCAAACUCGUCCAGCAAUUGCAACAAAGAUCAGAAUGGCAGUAGCAGCUUAUGCCUCUCUACUUUCUCUUUCGCAUGUCUUGGAGAAUAUCCAGCACCCUGCUCGCCGGACUCGCCUUCAUCUAGACUGGAACCAACUUCAAACCUUGCAGCAAAAAGUUCAGUUCUUGCUGGAAUUUCUUGAAGUUGAUUCUGGGAGAAUAAGCCUAGAAAUGGAAGAUCUGGCAAGACAGAUCGCUAUUGUUGCUGAUGAAGCAGAAGAUGUCAUUGACUUACAUGUCGUAUAUCAACUUGGUGAGGGAUGUCGGGAUGAAAGUCAGGAUAUGGCCGCCCUCUCAUCUUUCUAUCAAGAUAUACACAAAGUAAUCCAAAAGAUUGACUCCAUCAUGAACGAGUUGGGGAUGAUCCAAGAGGACUGCACCCAUGUCUCAAAACAACAACCCGCAGUAUCUGUGCCUGAUAGUUCAUCCACAGCAUUUACUUCCAGUGGCAAGAGUAGUACCAUGGUCGGAUUUGAUGAGCACUUGGUUCGAGUCAUGGACGAGCUCACUAGAAAUGAACCUGAUCUCCAAAUCAUCCCAAUAACUGGGAUGGGAGGUAUUGGUAAGACUACUCUAGCUAAAAGUACUUUUGACAAUUCAUAUGUUGUGAACCACUUUGAUAAACGUAUUUGGUUUACAAUAUCUCAAAAAUAUAGUGCUCGGGAAAUUCUUGCGCGCCUUCUUAAUGAUGGAAAAGACCAAGAAAGUAGAGAAACUUUGGCUGAAUUAGGACAAAGAUUGCAUAAAAGUUUAUUUGGUAGAAGAUAUUUGAUUGUCAUGGAUGAUAUGUGGAAUAUCAGUGCUUGGGAUGAUUUAAGUUUGUUUUUUCCAAAUAAUAGGAAUGGAAGUCGAAUACUGGUGACCACUAGGAUUUCAAAUGUCGCAAUUUCUUUAGGUUCUCAUAGCCCUUAUGUGAUGGAUUUUCUAGAUGAGGAUAAGAGUUGGAAUUUGCUUUGUCAAAAAGCCUUUGGAGAAGACAAUUGUCCAUAUCCGAAAUUAGAAGAAAUUGGUAAGACUAUUGCAAAGAAGUGCAAUGGACUUCCUUUAGCAAUUGUUGUGAUUGGUGGAUUGCUUGCAAAUUCCAACAGGAUACUGGAGCACUGGGAGUCAGUAGCCAAAAGUAUAAACUCAUUUUCUAACUUAGAAUACAAUGACCGUUGUUUAAAAAUAUUGUCUUUGAGUUACGAUAACUUACCUAUUCAUCUUAAACCAUGUUUUCUCUAUAUGCGGAUGUUUCCUGAAGAUGACGAGAUUAAAGCCUCCGAGCUAAUAAAAUUAUGGGUUGCCGAAGGAUUUUUGAAACCAUCGAGAGCUAAAACCUUGGAAGAGGUUGCAGAGGAAUACUUGAGAAAUCUUAUUGACAGGAAUCUGAUUUUGGUUCAUAAAUGGAAUUAUGGAGGGAAGAAAGCUAAAACAUGCAGGAUUCAUGAUCUUCUAAGGGACCUAUGCUUGAGACAAUCUCAAAAAGAAUGUUUGAUUUGUGUACCAAAAGCGCAACGUAUUGAUUUUUUUGAGCCCCGGUGGGAAAUUUGCCUUUGUUUCCUAUGUAGUUCUCAGCUCGAUGAAGAUCAAAGGAUGGAUCUUCCUGAAGUUCAGGUUACCUCACAGUCGACAUCACUUGCAAGCCUUUCAGUGUGCGACGGCUGUCGGAUUAUGUAUCCGAAUCUGGUUAGAUUGAGAUUAUUGAGGGUGAAAGCCUAUGUGGACGAUAUGGAAUUUCUGCAUCCCACUAAAUUGUGCUACCUUAAGAUGAAAUUUGAAUCUCCGUCUACAAUAUCUUUGCUGUGGAACCUACAAAUUUUAACUUUGAGUCUUUCCUCCGGAGUACUCCCGUCUGAAAUCUGGGAUAUGCCACAACUUAGGCAUCUAAAUAGUUACCCAGGAUUCAGUGAUCAUGGAGAACCUACAGACGCUUGCUGA